ACAGUAGCAACGAUGAGGCCGAUAUUUGUUGGGAACUUCGGGUAUGACACCCGGCAAUCUGAACUGGAGCGGUUAUUCGCCAAAUAUGGGAGAGUUGAAAGGAUCGACAUGAAGUCUGGAAUUUCUUCUAAGGAAAAUGAGCCAGGCUCCUAUCUGGGCUCACCACCAUCUGUGCAUAAAAUUUAUUUUGGAAGGAAACUUCCUGCUUGCCUGCUUAGCUUCACCUACAGAUAGCAUCAUCCUGAUUUUUCUUCAAUCAAUCAUUCGUCAUUCAUCUACCUCAUCACUUAAGUUGCAAUACAACAGAAUCGUCUUAAUGGAUUGAUCUUUAUCUCAUGCCUCAUCAAUUAAGUUGCAAUUCACCAGAAUCGUGUUAAUGGAUUGACUAUAUCUCUUGCCUUUGCCUACCUAUCACCACUGAUCAUAGGACUUCACUGAAUUCUGGUCAUGCCUUCCAUAUGAUAUUAGUGGCUGAAUGAAAUCUGUCAUGCCAUGCCUUCCAUUUCUGAACUCGUGCUGUGUGAAAGGCGAAGCAUAGUUGAAAUUUUGGAUAUAAACCUUUAGUAUGCAACCAUCUUAGUUCAUCAUGCAACGUCUCUACAGCUAUAUGUGCAUCAGUUCUCCCAUAUUUGCAGGUUUUGCCUUUGUUUACUUUGAAGAAGAGAGGGAUGCUGAAGAUUCUAUUCGUAGCCUUGACAACAUGCCAUUUGGUUAUGAUAGACGCAGAUUGUCUGUGGAAUGGGCUAGGGGUGAGCGGGGUCGCAGUCGUGAUGGAUCCAAGUCAAUGGCAAAUCAGAGGCCAACCAAAACCUUGUUUGUGAUCAAUUUCGACCCAAUUCGUACUAGAGUUCGUGAUAUUGAAAGACACUUUGAACCUUAUGGAAAGGUGCUCAAUGUUCGCAUUAGAAGGAACUUUGCAUUUGUACAAUUUGAGACGCAGGAGGAGGCAACCAAGGCCCUUGAGUGUACCCACAUGAGCAAAAUAUUAGACAGGGUUGUAUCAGUUGAGUAUGCUUUGAGGGAUGACGGUGAGAGGGGUGACCAUUAUGACGAUAGCCCUCGAAGAGCAGCUUAUGGGCGGCUUGGGGAUAGUCCUUAUCGGAGGUCACCUAGUCCUGUGUAUCACCGUCGACCAAGUCCUGACUACGGACGAGCUCGCAGCCCUGCUUAUGACAGGUAUAAUGGCCCUUAUGAACGACGUAGGAGCCCUGAUUAUGGCAGGAAUCGGAGCCCUGAAUUUGGCAGGAAUCGGAGCCCUGAAGUUGGCAGGAAUCGGAGCCCUGAAUUUGGCAGGAAUCGGAGCCCUGAAUUUGGCAGGAAUCGGAGCCCUGAAGUUGGCAGGAAUCGGAGCCCUGAAUUUGGCAGGAACCGGAGCCCUGAAUUUGGCAGGAACCGGAGCCCUGAAUUUGGCAGGAACCGGAGCCCUGAAUUUGGCAGGAACCGGAGCCCUGAAUUUGGCAGGAAUCGGAGCCCUGAAUAUGGUAGUGUUCGCAGUCGUUCACCCAUUCGGAGGUCAAGAACCUAAAGGAAAUCGGACCCAUUUGGAGGUCAAGAACCCGAGGGAAAUCUAAUUUAUAAUUUUCCGUAGUUACAUUCACAGGUUUAGGUCUGGAGUGUUAAGGGAUAGUGAGGAGUUUCUGUACAACCCUCGUGUUGAGUAUUUGAACUAAUGUUGGUAGAUUUGGUAUAAUGAAGAAACCGUGGUUUUGAUAUAUU